AUGGCAGACGAAGCUAUGAACGAAGGGAACUUUUCCCAUAACAACACCGUAGCACCCACAGUUCACCGUGUGCUUCCACUUUUCUCCCUCGUAGGCCGAACAGCCAUUGUCUCUGGCGCUGGAGCAGGUAUAGGUCUAGCUGUCGCGGAGGCGUUGGCAGAAGCAGGAGCGAAUGUAGCAAUAUGGUACAACAGCAACAAGAAAGCCAUAGAAGAAGCAGAGAAAAUUGAGAAGGAAUAUGGCGUCAAAUGUACGUGUAUCCCACCCUUGCUUCAAAGUUCGCAUCUGAUUGGGGCGCAUAUACUAAAUUUGGUGGGCGGCUCAGGUAAGGCCUACCAAGUGGACGUCACUUCGUAUGAAGCUAUCGCUGCGAUUACGGACGAAGUUAUUCGGGAAUUCAAUGGUAGACUCGAUGUUUUCGUGGCCAAUUCUGGUAUUCCCUGGACUCAAGGCGCUGCUCUUGAUGGCGAGCUGGACCAUUACCAUAAAAUCAUGAAGACGGAUAUCGACAGUGCAUUCUACUGCGCUCGUGUAGCUGGGCUACACUGGAGACGGCAAAAGAAAGAACAAACCACAAUUGACGGCAAACCAUUCGCGCCAGCCUUCCGAGAAGGUAGCUUUGUAGCAACAGGGAGUAUAAGCGGAACAAUCGUCAACAUCCCUCAAUUGCAAGCUGCCUACAAUGCCGCCAAAGCAGCUGUUAUUCAUCUCUGCAAAUCUUUGGCCGUCGAGUGGGUAGGUUUCGCCAGAGCGAACACGGUAUCACCGGGAUACAUCUCGACGGAAAUCCUGAGCUUUGCUCCCAGCCCUCUGCAUAAAAUCUGGCAGGAUAAGACGCCAAUGGGGAGAGAAGGUCAGGCGCAUGAGUUGAAAGGUGCCUUUCUGUAUCUUGCUUCUGAUGCUGCGAGUUAUACCACGGGCGCGGAUAUCGUUAUUGAUGGAGGAUACUCUCUUCCAUAG